UGGUACCCCCCCCCCCCGUUAGAAAACUGACAUUGAGACCACGUUUUUAACACUUCAAGUGGUAUGCUAAAAGGUGAAGACAAGACUCUAAGCCGAUGGCCUUGACUUUGGCAGACAGAGCCAUUGGGGCCAUUAUUGGGGCAGCAGUGGCAGAUGCAGCAGCCCAGCCAAUGCACUGGAUCUACAAUCCAGACAAGCUCAAAGAAGUUCUCUCCGAGCUGGAGCCCUGUCCUGAGUUUCGGCCUCAGUCAGCGAAUCCUUUCUACUGCAGGGCGACGGGUGAGCAGACCUGUUAUGGAGACCAGGCAUACGUCCUGCUGGAGUCACUGCACCAAUGUGGAGAUGUUAAUGUGGAAGAUUUGACCAAGCGCAUUUACAAGUUCUUUGGCCCAGGAACAGUGUAUGACCUGCCUCUCAAUGAUCCCUACAGGAAGAAAGGAGGUCCCAAAGCCAUCCUCCCCAUUGAUGGCCCAUGGAGAAACGGGAGCCUGAAAGCUUUCAUCAGAAAUGUGGAUGCUGGCAUUGAAGAAACUGGCUGUGAUGUGGACUGUCAGAUGGACGGUGUCACUAAGCUGGCUCCAGUGGUGGCCAUGUAUGCUGGCCGACCUGAGAUGCUGGAGAAAGUGGAGAAAGCCAUACGGGUGACCCAGAACAAUGACAUGUGUGUGGCUGUGACGCUGGCUGCAGCAAGGUUUUUGGAGCAUUUCAUUCUCAAUGGUCCAGAUCCCAAUGCUCUGGAUGCAGUCCUGGCUCAGUUGAAUGACCCGAAGAGACAGAACCCUCAGGAGCUGGACCGGGCUGUCACUGCGCAUAUCUACCAGGUGAAGGACAACUUAGCCAAGACAUCCCCACAGCUCAUACCUGCUGUGUUCACAAACACAUGAGCUCUGCCUGGUGCGUUCCAGGGAGCGCUUCAUGGAGUCCUGAGGCUGAACCAGCUGGAUGAAGCAGUCAGGGACACCAUGCGCUGCGGGGGAUGCACCGCCAGCCGAGCCUCCUUUAUAGGAGCCUGUUUUGGGGCACAGACCGGUCUCCAGGGAAUCCCAGAGUCUUGGAGGAAGAGGACACUGAGAUAUCCUCUGCUGUUGGAGCUAGCCGAAAAUGUGGUCAAAAAAAGUCAGCAAUUGUAGUUCAGCUUUGAUUUUGCCCUAAAUAUAAUUAUUUUAUCAUCUAUCAAGUACAUAUGGAGUGUGGAUAGUUGCCUUUCAAAGCUAUUUUAGAAGACUUUCUCAAGUUGCAGAUGUACUUUGACACGACAAUCCAUGACAGUCGCAUUAUAAAGUCUCGUACCGAAUGAAACUCGAAUCCAUUUGCUCUGUCAAAGCUGUAUCAUGUAAGAAAGUGAAAGUCUGUGCAAGGUAUUUGUUUUUUUGAGGGCAUGAAACAUUGUAAGCAACAGUCUCAAAUAAAGAAAUAUUUUGUCACCAGCA